CCUCCCCUCCCCAAACGCGCAGAUCCCCAACCGCAAUCGCUCCCCGGAAAAAGAAACCCAAGAAGAGAGGAAAGCAGGAGAUCGAUGGCGGGGGAGUACCAGGAGAUGGCGGCGUCGGUGCCGCCGGCGCUGAAGGCGAUCACGCUCACGCACGUCCGGUACCCGCGUGGCGACCGCCUCGGCCUCUUCCUCGCCUGGGUCUCGCUCAUCCCGGUCUUCAUCUCGCUCGGCGGCUUCGUCUCCCACUUCAUGUUCCGCCGCGAGCUGCAGGGCAUCUGCUUCGCCGUGGGGCUCCUCCUCUCGCAGGUCCUCAACGAGCUCAUCAAGCGCUCCGUCGCGCAGUCCCGCCCGGCCUACUGCGAGCUGCUCGAGACCUGCGACUCCCACGGCUGGCCAUCCAGCCACGCGCAGUACACCUUCUUCUUCGCCACCUACCUCUCGCUCUUCGUGCUCCGACGCUCCACCGCCAGCCGCGUCACCGCCGCCCUCUCCUGGCCGCUCGCCUUCCUCACCAUGCUCUCCAGGGUCUACCUCGGAUACCACACCGUACCGCAGGUUUGCGCCGGAGCAGUAGUGGGCCUUGUAUGUGGUGCUAUCUGGUACUGGGUUGCCAACACCAUUCUUGUUGAAUACUUCCCAAUGAUAGAGGAAAGCGCAAUUGGAAGGUGGUUGUAUAUCAAGGAUACUUCACAUAUUCUAGAUGUGCUCAAGUUUGAGUAUGACAAUGCAAGGGCAGCACGGAAGAAAGUUGCUACUGAUUGAGCAUGUUCUUCUUUUGGAUUAUAUGCUUGGUUUAUCUCAGGGGUGAUAAGAUCUUAACAACGUACAUGGCGAGAUAUUUGCGUCGUUGGAGCUGGACACCGGCUACAGUUUUAUUAGAUGGGAUACCAUUGCAUUUGUGGCACUUCGCCUUUCUGGUCACAAGCUAUUGUUCUGUCUAGACCCAGACCCUUACUUUUUCAGAUAGUUUGAUGAUGAUUGAUUUUUGUUUGCAUGUACAAAAUGACCACAGUAAACUAUACAUGUAUUACUGUCGCUGGUUCA